AUGUGGACUUCAGGUAGAAUGAGUAAUGCAAAGAACUUGUUUGGACUUGGCAUCUCCUUGUAUUUUUGGGGACUGAUGGAUCUUACUACAACUGUGCUGUCAGGAAGCACCAGUUCCCUCACUGAAAGGCAAGAAGACAACCUGUCAGACAAGCUGCAUCAGCGUAUGAAGCGGAGCUGGGUGUGGAACCAGUUCUUCGUUCUGGAGGAGUACACAGGAACUGACCCCCUCUAUGUUGGGAAGCUCCACUCUGACAUGGACAGAGGAGAUGGUUCGAUCAAAUACAUCCUCUCAGGAGAAGGAGCUGGUAUUGUGUUUACAAUUGAUGAUACAACAGGGGACAUUCAUGCCAUUCAGCGACUGGACCGGGAAGAAAGGUCACAGUACACCCUCAGAGCGCAGGCUCUGGACAGGCGAACAGGCCGGCCCAUGGAACCAGAGUCAGAGUUCAUCAUCAAAAUCCAAGACAUCAAUGACAAUGAGCCGAAGUUCCUUGAUGGACCUUACGUAGCUUCUGUUCCAGAAAUGUCACCUGUGGGUACCUCAGUUAUCCAGGUAACGGCAACAGAUGCUGAUGACCCAACUUAUGGGAACAGUGCAAGAGUAGUGUACAGUAUUCUCCAGGGGCAACCAUAUUUCUCUGUGGACUCUCGAACAGGCUUAAUUAGAACAGCUCUAAUGAACAUGGACCGAGAAGCAAAAGAAUAUUACGAAGUGAUUAUCCAGGCCAAAGAUAUGGGUGGACAGCUGGGAGGAUUAGCUGGAACAACCACAGUGAACAUCACCCUCUCUGACGUCAAUGACAAUCCACCCAGAUUUCCACAGAAGCAUUAUCAGAUGAGCGUGCUGGAGUCUGCUCCCAUCAGCUCCACUGUGGGCCGUGUGGUUGCUAAAGACCUGGAUGAAGGCAUUAAUGCAGAGAUGAAAUACAGCCUUGUGGAUGGAGAUGGACUGGAUGUCUUUGAUAUUAACACUGAUCCUAACUACCAAGUUGGCAUCAUAACUGUGAGAAAGCCUUUAAGUUUUGAGAGCAAGAAAAGCUACACCUUGAAAGUAGAGGGGGCCAACCCCCACCUGGAAAUGCGGUUCCUGAACCUGGGUCCCUUCCGUGACACCACCACUGUCCACAUCAGUGUGGAGGAUGUGGAUGAACCUCCGGUGUUCGAGCCCAGCUUCUACUUUGUGGAAGUGCCUGAGGAUGUGGAGAUUGGAACUACCAUACAGAAAAUUUCUGCGAAGGAUCCAGAUGUGACCAACAACUCCAUCAGAUACUCGAUUGACAGGAGCAGUGAUCCAGGGCGUUUCUUUUACGUCGACAUUACAUCAGGAGCACUGAUGACUGCAAGACCUCUUGACCGGGAGGAUGUUUCUUGGCACAAUAUCACUGUGCUGGCCAUGGAGCUGAACAACCCCUCACAAGUGGGCAGCGUUGCUGUUACCGUGAAAGUCCUGGAUGUGAACGACAAUGCGCCAGAGUUUGCGAGGUUUUAUGAAGGUUUUGUUUGCGAAAACGCCAAAGCAGGGCAGCUGAUCCAGACAGUGAGCGCCAUUGACAGGGAUGACCCACAGGAGGGUCAGCACUUCUACUACAGCCUGGCUCCAGAGGCAGCCAACAACCCUAACUUUACUCUAAGGGAUAAUCAAGACAAUACUGCAUGGAUUCUAACAAGGCGCUCUGGCUUCAGACAACAUGAGCAGAACACCUUUUACCUUCCCAUUCUCAUCAGUGACAAUGGCCGCCCUGUGCUAAGUACCACAGGCACACUGACUGUGCACGUGUGCAGCUGUGACGACGACGGCAUGGUAAUGUCCUGCAAUGCUGAGGCCUACGUCCUCCCCAUCAGCCUAAGCAGAGGGGCACUCAUCGCAAUCCUCGCCUGCAUCUUUGUCCUGCUAGUGCUAGUGCUCCUCAUCCUCUCUAUGCGGCGCCAGCGGAAGCAGCCAUACAUCAUUGACGAGGAGGAGAACAUCCAUGAGAACAUUGUCAGGUAUGAUGAUGAGGGCGGCGGGGAAGAGGACACGGAGGCCUUUGAUAUCGCUGCCAUGUGGAACCCAAGAGAGGCCCAGCUGGUAGUGAAAAACCGGCAGGACAUGCUCCCUGAAAUAGAGAGCCUCUCCCGGUAUGUGCCUCAGGCAUGUGUCAUGGACAACAAUGUCCACAACUAUGUGCUUGCCAAGCUGUAUGAAGCUGACAUGGACCUGUGGGCACCUCCCUUUGACUCCCUCCAGACAUACAUGUUUGAAGGGAAUGGCUCAGUGGCAGAGUCGCUCAGCUCUCUACAGUCAGUGACCACAGACUCAGACCAGAGCUAUGACUACCUGACGGACUGGGGGCCACGCUUCAAAAAGCUGGCUGAGAUGUAUGGUGCCACAGACAGCAGCGGGGCUCUGUGGUAA